AUGGAGGAGCUGAAAGGGCGGGGCGCAUCAUCACCACUGCCUUGCGGGAAACCCAGUCGUUUGAAAGGCAAGAUUGACCUGAGCCUUGGACGGGUCAUUGGUGGAGGCUGUGUCGGCAGUGUCAGCAGCCUCUCCGGGAUACUGUUGCCCUCCAUCGCCUCCCACACUCCACCAGCUUCAGGGCAGCCUCCUGGCCUGGCCCUGGCUGCCCCUCCCUCCUCCCCUCCCGUGGGACAACCUCCUGGCUUGGCCCUAGCCGCCCCUCCCUCCUGCUCUCCCGCGGGACAGCCUCCUGGCCUGUCUCUGGCCUCCUCUCCCUUCCCCUCCCAAGGCAGCUCUCCCACCCCUUCCCGGCUGCCUUCACUCCCCCCUCUUCCCUCCCCCAUCCCCCACAGGGCAACCGUGUGUCCAGUGGGACAGGCUACCCCACUCAGUCAGGAAAGUACUCCUGCAGGGCGGAGUACGCCACGGUGA